AUGCCGCCGGACAAUUCAGCUUCGUUUGAAUGGCUCAAACCUGGUCCGUAUCCGGUUAAUUCAUCUGAUUAUGAAUGGGCAGACACAUCACGCCCCACGCAAAAAAACAGAGAUUUCCCCGGUGCUCAGCAGCGCAGUCUUCCAGCGACGAUUUGGUAUCCCGCGCAAUUCGAUGGCCCCUAUCCGCUGAUUGUCUACUCCCACGGAUUUCUUUCUUCUCGAGGCGAGACUGAAUAUCUUUUGCGGCAGCUGGCCUCCUUUGGUUAUGUUGUCGUGGCCGCGGACUUUCCUUUGACCAGCGGCAGCGCGCCCGGCGGCCCCAACAUUAAUGACGUGUCACAGCAACCGGCAGAUGUAACUUUUUUAAUUGAUACAGUGCUCGCUUUGGCAGGUUCAGAAAAACCUUAUAGUGGAGAAAUCGAUGCUGAUCGCAUCGGUAUAAUGGGUCUAUCGUUGGGUGGCUUUUCAACUUCUUUAACAGCGUAUCACCCUCGUUUGCGCGAGCCCCGGGUUAAGGCUGCCAUUUCGAUUGCAGGGCCUUCCGCCAAUUUAACUGAGAAAUUCUAUACUCAGAAUGACUUGGCAUUACCGUUCCUGAUGAUCGCCGGCACAGCUGAUCGGCUCAUCGACUUCGCCUCCAAUGCUGCUGUAAUUCCUCAACGGGUCCCUGACGGCGGGCUGCUGUCUAUCGAUGGAGGAAACCAUAUCGGGUUUGUUGGAAUGGCUGACCCCACCUUUCGAUUCUUCCUCAACGCAGAUUCAGUGGCCUGCCUGUCGGUGGAAGCGAACAUUGAUGCAUCCGAGGGGAGAACCAAUGAGGAUUUAUUUUCCAGUGCAGAAGGCAUCGUGUUCGACGCUUCAGCGCCAACGCGUUGCCAAUCAGAGGUGAAGGAGGCCAUACAUCCGGGCCGACAGCAUAUGAUUACCCAACUGGGUGCGCUCAGUUUCUUCGAAUCAGUUCUGGCCGAUUCGGCGGUGUCCGCCCUGCGCCAGCAAUUAUUAUCUGCUGCACAAACCUUCGAAGCGUCGGGAGCCUCGACGUUCAUGCCUGAACUGGACCCCAAUGCCAAAAACGUACGGAUCUUUAAUCUCAUCGGUCUGGAUGCGGUAUUCCGGGAACUGAUCCUGCACCCCAGCGCCAUAGAAUACGUGAAAGUGCUUCUGGGAGAGCACUACAUGAUCUCCAACUUCACCGCCAACAUCGCGCUGCCGGGUAGCGGCUCCAUGCCUAUACAUUCGGAUCUCGGGUUUGUCUCGCCCCCACCCUGGCUGGCGCCGCACUCGAUGAACAUCAUCUGGUGCCUUGACGAUGUAUACGAGUCAAAUGGCGCAACCCGCUACAUUCCAGGCAGCCAUCUCUAUCGAAGUCUGGACGAUCUACCGGCUAUGCCGAUGCAACAUACUGUCGCCUUUGAAGCAUCGGCAGGGUCAAUCAUCGCGAUGGACGGACGCAUGUGGCAUACGUCUGGCGCUAAUGUCACCGAGAACAGUGAACGCGCAUUGCUGUUUGGUUAUUACUCCGCCGAUUUUCUGCGCCCGCAGGUCAAUUGGAACGCAUUGCUCCCGGUCGAACUGCAGAAAUCCCUGGACCCUGAAUUGUUCCUGCGCCUGGGCCUCAUGGCAGAAGGCAAUGCGCAUCAGAUGACCAGACAGACGACCCCCGGGCCCACUGAAGAUAUCGAACAAGCUGUCAGUGAUUUAGCAUUGCAUGGUCUGUGCGUCAUCAGUAACGCGCUGGACGCAGCAGCGCUGGAGAAUGCCAGGCAGGCACUUUACCACGCCGCUGACAGUGACCGUCAGAGAGGGCGGGCGACAAAAGGAUUUGCCCUUGAUGAAAACGAGCACAACCAAAGGGUCUGGAAUUUACUCAAUCGCGAUUUGGUGUUCGCGGAUCUGGCCGAGCACCCGAUGGCCAUUCGCCUGGUGCGCGAAACCCUUGGCUGGCCAGCUUUAUUGAGCAACAUUUCCGGCAACAUCACUGAGCCCGGGGCGGUACGCGGGGUACUGCAUGCCGACCAGAUUUUUGUCCCUGAACCUUGGCCGACCCGUCCCCAGGGCCUCAAUGUGCUCUGGUGUAUUGAUGCGUUCACCGCCGAAAACGGCGCCACCGAAAUUGCCCUGGGCAGCCACCGUCUGCACCGCAAUCCGAACUCAGGUGAUGCGUCUACAGCAAUGACCCCCAUCGUCGCACCGGCGGGCAGUAUGGUUGCAUUCGAAAGCCGCCUUUGGCAUCGCAGCGGCGCCAACACUUCCAGUGACAAAACGCGGGCGGGUGUAUUUUCUUUCUACACCACACCUGUCUAUCGUACUCAGGAGAACUGGUUUCUUUCAUUGGACCCAGGCGUACAGCGAUAUGCAUCAGAAACACUGCUCACUCUGCUGGCUUACAAAUCCGCCGGCUUUGGAUUGGUUUACGGAGAGUCGCCACGCUAA